AUGGUGGCAACUGGAGAUAUGGGAAUCAGGUACCUGCUGCAUGCCACAGCUCUUGGUGUCCUGCUUGUCUGGUCAAUAUUACAACUGAAGAAUACUUCAGCAUCCUGCCCUCAAUGUAAUGAAAAUGCCUCCUGCUACAACAGCACUCAUUGUAUUUGUAAAGAUGGAUUCUGGGCAGGACCUGAUAAUAGCGUAAUUAUUGAGCCCCAUGUGAAAUGUGAAGAUAUUAAUGAGUGUCUAUUGGAGGUGCUGGUGUGCAAGGAUGUGUCAUAUUGUAAAAAUAAAGUUGGAACUUACGUAUGCAGCUGUAUAGUACAAUACCCUAUCUUCAACUGGGUAGCUGGCAUUAUUGAUAUUGAUAAUCCUGAUUGUUAUGAUUGGUGGCCAUUCCUACAGUGGCUUCAUGGACUCCAGUCAUCAAUGAUGCCUGCCACUACAUACCAAGUAGAAGAUGGCCACUCUGUGAUUCCUUCCACGGACACUCCACUCUCAGACAGCUUACCCUCAGUUGCAUAUCCUACCUUCAAUCACAGGGAGCAUGCCACCACCACUACAGCAAGAAGGCAUAUCAGGCCUUACUAUUUGAGGAAAGUGAACAAUGGGAAGAAAAUAGGAACACAAGCAGAUAUUUGGGGAGAAUGGAGUGAAACUCAAUCCAAAGAGAACUUUGCAAAGAAAGCUACCACAGUACUUCACCAAGUGGAACGCCACAUAUUGAAUGACUACUCAGGUGUACCAACGAAGGGUGAAAAUUCUACACUGGGUAUAGUGUAUGAAACGAAGAGGUGCAACAAUAUGACUCUUCUGGAAGCUGGAAAUAACACGAUGAAGAUCGACUGCACUAGUGCUCUCAAAGAAAACAAGAGUAGAGAUGAGACUGCAGUUGCUCUUAUUGCAUAUCAGUCCCUUGGGAAGUUUCUAAAUGGAUCCUUUUUUAGUAACAAAGAAGGAAUGCAGAAAGUGAAAUUGAACUCUCUUAUUGUGAGUGGUGCCAUUCGUUCAGAAGUCAAACCUGUCCUGUCUGAACCUGUACUCCUGACUUUACAAAAUAUUCAGCCCAUUGAUCCAAGAGCAGAACAUCUCUGUGUCCAUUGGGAAGGAUCAGAGGAAGGGGGCAGCUGGUCCACGAAGAGCUGUUCUCACAUGUACACCAAUGACUCCUAUACCAUUUGCAAGUGUUUCCACCUGUCCAGCUUUGCUGUGCUCAUGGCUUUCUCCCUUGAGGAAGACUCGUUGCUUUCUGCACUCUCUGUGAUCACCUACGUGGGACUGAGUCUUUCUCUAUUGUGCCUAUUCCUAGCAGCUGUCACCUUUCUUCUGUGCCAGCCCAUCCAGAAUACCAGCACUACACUCCACCUACAGCUCUCCAUCUGCCUCUUCCUGGCUGAUCUCCUCUUCCUCACAGGCAUCAACAGAACUGAGCCUAAGGUGCUGUGCUCCCUCAUUGCAGGAAUGUUGCACUACCUCUACUUGGCUUCAUUCAUGUGGAUGUUUCUGGAAGGGCUACACCUUUUUCUCACUGUGAGGAAUCUUAAAGUGGCCAACUACAGCAGCUCGGGAAGAUUCAAGAAGAGGUUCAUGUACCCUGUAGGCUAUGGAAUCCCUGCCUUUAUUGUUACCGUGUCUGCGAUAGCUGGCCACAAAAAUUAUGGAACACACACCCACUGCUGGCUCAGCAUUCAUAGAGCAUUCAUCUGGAGCUUCUUGGGUCCAGUAGCAGCCAUUAUCUUGAUAAACCUGGUGUUCUACUUUCAAACUAUAUGGAUUUUGAGAAGCAAAAUUUCUUCCCUCAAUAAAGAAGUUUCUACUCUUCAGGACACCAAGAUGAUGACAUUUAAAGCCAUUGUUCAUCUAUUUGUAUUGGGAUGUUCUUGGGGCAUUGGCUUAUUUAUGGUCAUUGAAUUUGGGAAGACAGUGAAAUUAAUCAUUGCCUAUCUAUUCACCAUCAUCAAUGUCCUACAGGGGGUUUUGAUAUUUGUGAUACACUGUCUGCUUAAUCGCCAGGUCCGAAUGGAAUAUAAGAAGUGGUUUUAUAAGAUGCAGAAAGGGGCAGAAAAUGAAAGCACUGAGAUGUCUUAUUCUACUACUCAUACCAAAAUGGAUGAAGCUGGAAGUCAGCAUAACUGACUCACUGAGAGUGCUCACA